AUGGUUGCUGGAGACAUAGUUCCUUUUAAUGGUGAAGAGCCGCUGAAAGAAAUUUCAGCAAAGAUCAACAGAAACAGGAAUAGGAGUUUUGGACAAAAUGACGUGGAAUUGAAUGACCAAGAGUAUUUGGAUUCGUUGAAGGACAUGAUAACACCUCCAAGUUCAACACUGAGAAAAACACCAGUAGGGGUAACGGAUAAUGUAACGUCAAGUUUGAAGCAUCCUUUAUCACCGGAGCUGUCAUCACCUAUCGCACCAUCAAAGGCUAAAAAACAAAAAUCUGAUGGAGGGUCUCGAUCCAAUGGGAAUUUGACGAUUGAAGAACUCUUACAGUCACUGAAACAACGGAAAAUCAGCCGAGACUGUAAUUCUAAACCUCCUUACUCAUAUGCAACUCUUAUCGGAUUAGCUAUUUUGCAAUCUGCGGGAGCAAAACUAACCUUAUCACAGAUUUACAGUUGGAUAUCUAUUCAUUUCCCAUACUACAAGCAAAAAGAUGCAGGUUGGCAAAAUUCAAUAAGACAUAACUUAUCACUGAAUGAUGCCUUCAUCAAGACGGAAAAGUCUUGUGAUGGUAAAGGUCAUUUUUGGGAAGUCAAGUCAGGCUUUGAGACAAAAUUUUUCAAAGGUGCAAAUAUAACAUUGGAAGAAAUUAGAGCGAAAUUGCGCGAUAUCGAUGAAUAUUUUAGCCUUGAUGGAUCUCCAGAGCAGGGCAUAAUUACAGGAGAACAGCAGGAUGAUAUUGCUUUUGAACAUGGUAAUAGUGCAUUACUACAUAUUCACUCAUCACCGAAUGCGCUGUCAUCUAAUAUCAAAAUAAGUUCACAGGAAUUUGGUAACGAUAAAGGAGUAAACGAUGUUGGUUUUCUUAAUGAACAGAAACACCAUGCUUUAAAUCCGCCUUACUUGCUAAGAAAAUACCACACAAGUCUCGGAUUGCCGAAAUUGGAAGAUUUCAAAGAUUUCAGUAAGGAACAUAACUUGCUGAUGUACAAUAACACUGAUGCACUGACCAGUUCUUCAACGAGUUCAAGUCCGAAUGUAUUCAAAAGCUCGCAUGAUUUUAAAAAAUAUACGUGUUCAUUUAAUUCAAGCUUUGAAGAGCUAUCGCCAUCAAAGAAUAGGUAUACGAGUCAUUCAUUGCUGGAUCCGAUUAUGACAGCUUCAUGCGGUAUCAAUACGCCUAAAGAGGUACCGCAAAUGUUUUCAACUCUGCAGUCUCCACUUUCCACAAAUUUGCAGCCUCCACAACAACAUGGUCAAGUGGAUUUACUGCGAACGCCAAGAAAUCCACAACAGCAGACUUUAGAGAGAACCCCUUGUCGUUUCAUGACAACGCCGAGAGAUGAAAGCUCUGCUAUGAAAAAGUGGCAAACACCGUCUCAUCUGUUUGAAGACCUGUACUGUUCGCCCAUAUACAAAUACAUGGGCUCACCGAAACAAGAGACGCAAUCUCCCAAUCCAUCUUUAGGUAAAAUUUUGACACCAAAAAAAUAUUCUGAGGUAGAUAUUAGCAUGGGUAGAUCAAAGAUUUCAGCUAGUGGACUAUUUGGCGUAGACGUAUAUGCAGUGUGGAAAAGAGCAACCAAUAAUGUAAAUGGUAUGGAUUCCCGUAUCAGUAACGAAACUAGGAAAGCUGAAAUUUCAGAACCAGAUAGCCAUAACACAGAUAGAUACAACGAAGGAAACAAAACUGGUGGUAACAACGGGGAAUCGCAGGAUGUCAAAAAAGAUUACUAA